GGAGCGGCGCGGGACGGCCCGGACGCGGGAAGACCCCGAGACCCAGGCGCAGACGGAGCGGCAGCCGGGGAGGGGGGCGCGGGCCGGCCGGCCGGCCGAGUUCGCGGGCAGGGGACGCCGGGACUCCCCUCUCCGCGCCCGGGACGCCGCCCGCCGGAUCGCGCCGUGGGAUGUAGCGCCCGCUCGCCGCCUCCCGGACUCUCGUCGGACCCUCCGCCCAGCGGCCCUGCGUCUUCCCAGGUGACCACGCCGGCUUCAGGACAUGCACGGACACAGCCGCAACGGCCAGGCCCACGUGCCCCGGCGGAAACGCCGCAACCGCUUCGUCAAGAAGAACGGCCAAUGCAACGUGUACUUUGCCAACUUGAGCAACAAGUCGCAGCGCUACAUGGCGGACAUCUUCACCACCUGCGUGGACACACGCUGGCGCUACAUGCUCAUGAUCUUCUCCGCGGCCUUCCUCGUCUCCUGGCUCUUUUUUGGUCUCCUCUUCUGGUGCAUCGCCUUCUUCCAUGGUGACCUGGAGGCCAGUCCAGGGGUGCCCGCGGCGGGGGGCCCAGCGGGUGGCAGCGGGGCGGCCCCAGCAGCCCCCAAGCCCUGCAUCAUGCAUGUGAAUGGCUUCCUGGGUGCCUUCCUGUUCUCCGUGGAGACACAGACGACCAUCGGCUACGGGUUCCGGUGCGUGACGGAGGAGUGCCCGCUGGCGGUCAUCGCCGUGGUGGUCCAGUCCAUUGUGGGCUGCGUCAUCGACUCCUUCAUGAUUGGCACCAUCAUGGCCAAGAUGGCGCGCCCCAAGAAGCGGGCACAGACGCUGCUGUUCAGCCACCACGCGGUCAUCUCGGUGCGCGAUGGCAAGCUCUGCCUCAUGUGGCGCGUGGGCAACCUGCGCAAGAGCCACAUCGUGGAGGCCCAUGUGCGGGCCCAGCUCAUCAAGCCCUACAUGACCCAGGAGGGCGAGUACCUGCCCCUGGACCAGCGGGACCUCAACGUGGGCUAUGACAUCGGCCUGGACCGCAUCUUCCUGGUGUCACCCAUCAUCAUCGUCCACGAGAUCGACGAGGACAGCCCGCUCUACGGCAUGGGCAAGGAGGAGCUGGAGUCGGAGGACUUCGAGAUCGUGGUCAUCCUGGAGGGCAUGGUGGAGGCCACCGCCAUGACCACCCAGGCCCGCAGCUCCUACCUGGCCAGCGAGAUCCUGUGGGGCCACCGCUUUGAGCCCGUGGUCUUCGAGGAGAAGAGCCACUACAAGGUGGACUACUCGCGUUUUCACAAGACCUACGAGGUGGCCGGCACGCCCUGUUGCUCGGCCCGGGAGCUGCAGGAGAGUAAGAUCACCGUGCUGCCCGCCCCACCACCGCCUCCCAGUGCCUUCUGCUAUGAGAACGAGCUGGCCCUCAUGAGCCAGGAGGAAGAGGAGAUGGAGGAGGAGGCGGCUGCAGCGGCUGCAGUGGCCGCGGGCCUGGGCCUGGAGGCGGGCUCCAAGGAGGAGGCGGGCAUCAUCCGGAUGCUGGAGUUGGGCAGCCACCUGGACCUGGAGCGCAUGCAGGCCUCCCUCCCGCUGGACAACAUCUCCUACCGCAGGGAAUCUGCCAUCUGACCUCCAGGCCCAGCCACGCCACUGCCCGCAAGAGCCUCUGCCGGGCGUGGGAUGCCAGGACACCCCCUCCACACUCAGGACAGAGCUGACCCUGGCUCCCUGGACCUUCUGGAGGAAGGUGGGGUUUCAAAGACUGGGGGACCCCUUCCUCCUGACCCCAGCACCCAGGCCUGGGAAGAGCUCGGCCCCAUCAGCCUGAGUUCCCCCAGCGCCUACUCCUGGUGGCUCUGGGUCCAGGACCCACCACCCUUCCCCCACUGACUCUUCACGGACGUGCCCUCUUUGCUCUCAGAACCUUGGGGAAGGUGGCUGGACCACUGGGUGAGGGACAUCUCGGGGUUUCAGGGCGGGCAGGGGGUGAGUUUGGGGAGGGAGGGAGGGGGGUGCGUUUCUUUUGCAUGACUGUGGCCUGUUGCUCAUGACUUUCUUUUGUAAAUAUCUAUAAAUGGAGACAGAUGGAGACACCAAA